AUGCCGGUGACAUGCUGCCUCAGCACGACCAACGUCAAGGUGUCCGCAACUCAAAGUACUGCUGCCGCCAAGCCCACCCGCUACGACCUCGUCUGCGAUCGCGGCGGCGUCAAGUACAACAGCACCGCCAAGAAGCGCAACCCGUCGACGCGCAAGAUCGACUGCCCCUUCCGUGCAAAGGCCGUCUGCGAGGUGCAGCUGGGCAACCAGUGGCGCUUCGCCCUGCAAGAGCCCAGGCACAACCACGAGCCGCGCGUCCCCUCCGGCACCCCCGGCCAGGAGAAUGCUCCCUUGGCGACAUCGAUCCGGUCCUUCACCAACAAGCUGGACCGCCUGAGCCACGACAUGGCCCAAGGCCUGAUGCGCAUCGAGCAGCGUCUCGACAACAUCGAAAAGCGCAUGGAGAACAUCGAGGCGCGCGCCGGCGGCUACGAGCCUCGGUUCCAGGCGAUAGAACAGCGGCUCCAGGGAAUGGAGGGUCCUCGCAUGGACGGCAUGGGCAUGGACGACGUCGAAUCGCGCCUGCUGGCUUCCUCGGUCAUGUAG